UUUGUCUGCAUCAAGAAUCCUUGUUUCCCUAUUCGUCGCCGCCUUCUGACCCGCGCAAACUCACACUCCUCGGGCUUGCUCCCCGACGCUCCAUCUGAUCUCGACUCACUUGAUCUGACUUUUGAUACAAGAUCAGCCCGCCGAUGUCUGGCUGGGGAUGGUGAGUUGGCUGACUCGGACUCCAAUUGGGCCACGCUUGUAAUGCCAUUGACUAAAGAGGUGAGACGGUGA